CCACAAAGAGUUUUUGCUUAGUCUUUUCUCUCUCUUUCUCACCUCCUUCCUCCAUCUCUCAGCUAAAAUCCCCCAGAAAAGGAAUCAAAGACACUUGGCAAAAGGGUGGUUCUCUCUUAGCUUAUGAUCCUAAAGCGUGAAGCAAAGAUAACCCAAAAGAGAGCAGAGUCAAAACUUGUGUUGUGUCUUGAUGGGGAACUGUUGUUUUGGAGGAUCUUCUAGUGUUCGACAUGAACAGAGUCCUGUCUCCACCAUACCCCUCCCAGUGGUGAAAAAUAUGCAAGAUCCAGUAAAAACAAAGCUUCCACCGCCGUUGGUGGCGAUGCCGCCGUCUAGGGGUUUGAAACCAAAGUUCCCGGCGGCGGAAACAGGACGGAAAACGAGAUCCGUCGGUAACCCACCUCGUGAAAAACCGCAAGAGAUGACAAGAUCCGUUGAUAGUCCACCAUUAAAGACGGUGGAGAAACUAGGUAUAGGUAAAAAGGCAGUGCCACCGAGCGGGAAGAUAGUGACGCCGAGUCUAAAGAUGUUCUCAUUAGUUGAUCUUAAGACGGCGACAAAGAAUUUCCGACCGGAGUCGAUGAUCGGAGAAGGUGGAUUCGGACAGGUGUUCAAAGGAUGGGUGGACGAGAAGAACUUAGCUCCGUCGAGGGCCGGCGUCGGAAUACCAGUAGCGGUAAAGAAAUCAAACCCUGAUAGUGCUCAAGGCUUACAUGAAUGGCAGUGUGAAGUGAGAUUUUUAGGGAAGUUUCAUCAUCCAAAUCUGGUCAAGCUUUUGGGUUAUUGCUGGGAAGAGAAUCAGUUCCUCUUGGUCUACGAGUAUUUGCCUAAAGGAAGCCUUGAAAACCAUCUCUUCUCAAAAGGAGAGGCGUUAACAUGGGAUACACGUUUGAAAAUAGCCAUUGAAGCAGCUCAAGGACUUGCCUUUUUGCAUAACUCGGAAAAGAGUGUUAUUUACAGAGACUUCAAAGCUUCCAACAUUCUUCUUGAUUCCAACUUCCACGCCAAGCUUUCUGACUUCGGUCUAGCCAAAAAUGGUCCGAUUAAUGGUUUCUCCCACGUGACCACACGUGUCAUGGGCACACAAGGUUACGCAGCUCCCGAAUACAUGGCUACAGGUCAUUUAUACGUGAGGAGUGAUGUUUACGGGUUUGGAGUGGUACUCCUAGAGCUAUUAACCGGUCUAAGGGCACUAGACCCAACCCGACCAUCUGCACAACAAAACCUUGUGGAAUGGGCUAAACCGGCUCUGACUCAGAAAAAGAAGAUCCAGAAAAUGAUGGACCCACGCCUCGAGCACAAGUAUCCAAUUAUGGCAGUGACCAGAACCGCCGCACUAAUUCUAAGGUGUCUCGAGGCUGACCCGAAAAACCGACCACCCAUGGACGAUGUACUUAGAGAGUUAGAAAUAGUGAGGACUAUCAGAGAGGAACUAAAAGAAGAGAGGCGUAAACGUGGCGGUGGUGGUUCAGAUCAUAAUAACCGUGUUAAUGGAUAUGGUUCACCGCACGUCCGUAGAACCGUUCGAACCGGAUAGUCAAAGAGAGUGCGUUUGGAUAGUAGUCAUACACAUGCAUAAGUAAAGCUUUUACUUUAAGAAAAUAAAACUUAUUUUUUCGUAGUGUUUUGGCUUUACAUUUCAGAAUUAGUGAAUUAUAGUAUGGCAAAAAAUCUUAGCGAAAUAUUUACUCUACAAUAUAGUUACAUUCUCAUGCAAAACAAAUUUCAUUUUUGUAAUUAUAGUUCUUUUUUUUUCCUUA